CGGGUAAUGUAAUUAAAACAUGUAAAUUUUCUGUAUAGAAAAUCUGAAAACAGAAAGCUUGAUUUUGAUUUCGUAUUGCGAUUGCGAUUGCGGAGGAGAGAAGAAGUAUGGCUCAGGCUGUAGAAGAAUGGUAUAAACAGAUGCCGAUUAUCACUCGCUCCUAUCUCACGGCGGCUGUUGUUACCACCGUUGGAUGUUCGCUCGAUAUUAUAUCUCCGUACAACCUCUACUUGAAUCCCACCCUUGUGGUGAAGCAGUACCAAUACUGGCGUCUCGUUACCAACUUCUUGUAUUUCCGGAAGAUGGAUUUGGACUUCAUGUUCCAUAUGUUCUUUCUCGCACGAUACUGCAAACUCCUCGAAGAAAACUCAUUCAGGGGAAAAACUGCUGAUUUCUUAUACAUGCUCCUAUUUGGAGCAACUGUUCUUACCGGUAUUGUUCUCAUUGGGGGAAUGAUACCAUACUUAUCCGCUUCUUUUGCUAAAAUCAUCUUCCUCAGCAACUCCUUGACUUUCAUGAUGGUCUAUGUGUGGAGCAAACAAAAUCCUUAUAUUCACAUGAGUUUCCUUGGUCUCUUCACCUUCACAGCAGCUUACUUACCAUGGGUGCUUCUUGGGUUCUCUAUCCUUGUUGGUGCCAGUGCUUGGGUGGACCUUCUGGGUAUGAUAGCAGGUCACGCCUACUACUUUUUGGCUGAGGUUUAUCCGCGAAUGACUCAUCGUCAUCCUCUAAAGACUCCAUCAUUCCUCAAAGCCCUAUUUGCAGAUGAACCAGUUGUGGUUGCACGGCCGGAAAACGUGAGGUUUGCUGCUGCACCUUUCGAAGAAAUCCACCAAGACUGAGACUGACUCCGAUCUUCCACGCUCCAGACGUGAACACCAACUUAGUUCAGCUUUUUGGUCAGAUAUGUAUAUGGUGAAAAGGAAGAUGAUACACAAGUCUGUUGACUCUGACACCUUAGUUGUGAACUCCACACACCGUAGUUUCAAGUAGUUGGGUGUUUUUUGGUUCCUUCUCUUUUCUCUUAUCUUGUUGUGUAUACAAAUUUGCUUUGCUCUUAGUGCUUAUGGAUAUGGACCGGACUCAAAUUGUACACAAAUCCUUCAAAAAUUGUGGCGAUGUUUUAGGCUAGUCUUAAAUUUAAUAUGGGACUCAAA